GAUAUUACUGUACUGUACAAGUAUCACAGCACUCACUUGUAAAACAAAUAUUAUUCGAAUCGACUCUUUGGCGUUCCAUAACUUUUGACGUAAUGCAUACGGGAGUAUUGUACAAUGUUCUAAACUGCAAUCAAAAUAUUGAUGAUUUUGACACUAUUUGGCGUGGCGAGUUUACAAGCAGUACCAGACCUUGACAUUAUAAAAGAAAAACUUGGGCAUUAGUUGCCAAGUACAUUUAGAAAGAACUCUUCAGUAAUAAUAACAAACCAAGGAACACUUUAGUAAUGGCUAGCAGAGGUGGUGCACAGCGUCCAAAUGGAACACAAGGCAAGAUAUGCCAGUUUAAACUUGUCCUCCUGGGAGAAUCCGCUGUAGGCAAAAGCAGUCUUGUAUUGAGGUUUGUCAAGGGACAGUUCCAUGAAUAUCAAGAAUCUACAAUCGGAGCUGCCUUUUUAACGCAGACAGUGUGUUUAGAUGACACAACAGUUAAGUUUGAAAUCUGGGACACAGCAGGCCAGGAGAGGUACCACAGCCUAGCACCCAUGUAUUACAGAGGAGCGCAGGCAGCCAUCGUUGUAUAUGACAUUACAAACCAAGAUACGUUUGGAAGAGCAAAAACCUGGAUUAAAGAACUGCAACGGCAAGCCAGCCCAAACAUAGUCAUAGCCUUGGCAGGAAACAAAGCAGACUUAGCUAACAAACGAAUGGUAGAAUUUGAUGAAGCGCAGGCAUAUGCAGAAGACAAUAGCUUAUUGUUUAUGGAGACAUCAGCCAAAACCGCAAUGAAUGUCAAUGAUAUAUUCUUGGCAAUAGCAAAAAAGCUCCCGAAGAACGAACCUGCUGGUGGCCAGUCUGGUGGUCAGAGACAAGGUGGUCCAGUCGUGGUACCAGAUGAGAGGGGGGGACAAGCAUCAGGUUCAUGUUGUGCCAAAUGAAAAAGCCCAGCUACUUCAAUAAGAUAAUAAACAAUUAAGGUAUCCAACAUCUAACCCAAUUACGGGAAAUAAUGUGUUAACCCCUGAGAAAAUAUUAAAAAAUAUAAUAACUUUAUCAUACACAAGUAGGAUAGUCUACUUGGUUUGUGUUCAUUCGUACUUCCCUCUUCCAUAAUUGCAUUUUUAUUACGACACCCCUUCAUUUUCUCCCUAUCAAUCCCAUCCCCAAUCCUGUGUUUUCCAUGUCACCUUGUUCUGUCACUCUGAUGCACUAGCUUAUUAUCUAUUAUGUUGUCUGAAGAUGGCGGUUUAAUAGUAGAUAUAUCAUAGGUCUACUAUUUUUGUACUUUUAUUUGGAAAAUCCCCAUCUCAAAUAAUAAUUGUCGUUCCCCCUUCCCAAAUAAUAGUGGUCAUCAGUUCCACUUAUUUUUUAAAAUAGUAUUUUAUUUUCCCCCUACAAUAUUAGUUAAUGAAAAAAUUCCAAAUAGUUGCCGACAAUGUGUUGUUUUCUUGUGAAAACCUGCUUUCAUUGCCUGGUGCCCUUUCACUAAAUGUUCUGGAAUCAAAUCUCCAAUUCUAUUCACAAUUAUCAAUCACGAUAGUUGUCUGCUCCUAAGUAGACACCCACUGAAAAUAGUAGUAACUGCAAGAAAACUAUUUCUACUAUACGUUUAUAUAGGUGGGUGGGUGUAGUUAGAUAUUAAGUAUGUACUUGUAAAUCAUGCAGAUUCAUACUCUGUAUACUUUAUGUAUUAUCCUUCUGUUAAAUACCACAUCCUUAAUGUCAGAACACGAUGUUGGUAGUGAUGUUAUAAAUAGAAAUUAUCCGGCGUAGGUAAGCAUGUUGUAUAUUGAGAUUUAAUCACGCUAAAGCCAGUGGUGUUUUUUCUGCGAUACUUCAUUUGGUGACCGUGUGAUUUUAAAGGGUAUUUUCGCACUGCAUCUGUACCGUUCCGGUCGGUGAUCGAUUAAAAUGAAUGAAAAACAGCUGACAAAGUCAAUUGUAAAGUACAUGUGAAAUCUUUUUUAUAAUUUUUUUUUCCCUUGUAACUGUGAAAAAUGUAUGUUUAAUUGAAUUGAUUAUUAACAUAUUAACUAAUUGGGUGUGAAUGACGAAGUGGUGUACUUGUUGAGCUUUGUGGUGUAGGCAACUAAUUUGAGUUUGUCGUAAACCUAGCAUACUGUAUACAUCAUUAUUUUAAGUAAUUGUCAUAUGGCUUUAUUUUGAGCUGUAUCUCUUAGUUACAUCAAAGAUACUAGAAACACAAGAUAGAACUCUUUGCAGAAAGAAAACUGAAUCGCCAAUUUGCAAAGCGCGCAUAUUAAACGUAAGUUUACCUCCAGCCUUGUGCGGUGCUCAAUUAAAUGAGGUGGCCUGUACAGCUUACAAAAAUUGUCAUUAUUGGACAGAAAUGGGUGCCAUCUGGUGAUGCGUAAUAGCUACGACGUACUUCAGCUUCACUUUAACUAUGCAAGAGUUCUAUCUUCUGUUUCUAGUAUCUUCGGUUGCAUCUAUUGGUACGUAUAUGAAGUCAGGUAGAGGGAUAGAGGGCACUCUUAUACCAUUUAUCUAACACAUUCAAAGAAAUCUCAUUGCUAAAUAAUUUGAGCAGAAUAAGUUAUUCUUGCGUAUAACAUAGAUAAGAUUAUUAGGUCAUGUUUGUACAUGACCCAAUGAGAUGAGUAUAAUGUAGUGUUGCUAUUUUCCUAGGUUUAGUUCAUUCACAAAAUGGUAAUAAGUACAUAUUGAUACUUAAAUUCAUAUUGGAAGUCAAUACAGUAAUUAAGCAACACCCAAUGUCAAUAAAAAUUAAUGGUGUCAUGCAAAAUCAUUAUUCUAUUUUAUGCUAGUAUACCAGUAUAUAUAUAUAUAUAUAAUUAUUAUGUCUGGAAAUUUAAUUUGUUAUCUUUUAUUACAAAUAAAGUAAGAUAGAUUUUCUACAAGGGAGAUGGUAACACUUAGUUUAGAUUUCUGUUCUACUACUGUAGUCAUAAAAAGUGUAAAAUUUAUCAUUUAAAUGUAAUGAAUUAAGAAUGUAAAGUGUUAAAAUGAAAUCUAAAUAUCAUGCUACACUCUUGAAUUUUUUUUUCUAUUUACCAUGCCCGCUUUGUAUAGCGAUUGUAGCUUACAAGGCAAAACCAAUUAUACUUUGGAGACAACCAUUGAUGGAGUACUUGGGUAUUUUUUUCUGGCGGUCAAAUAUUUAGGUGGAUUCAAUUUUGUAAAGUAUGUUUGCCGAGGAUGCAUGUUGCAUGUGUCGUAAAGAAAUUGUAAUCGUCAGCUUUUAAAAAUCCACAUCAGUUGGUGUUCACUCCCAUGCUUAAAAGAUCACCACUAUUGUAAAUGAUACAUUGUCUGAUUACAACUCUUGUAAAUAUUGCUCAAUAUGGGUACAUCAACUGUAUGUAGUAUUGUGAAGAGAUGCUUGGCCUAAGCACUCCCUUUUAGAACUGUUGUUCUCUUUCCAAUUCGUACAUGCUGUGUGGCUGAUACCCAUAAUGUAAUCUAUGUGGUUGUGGGCGUGGUUAAGUGCAGCCAAUCAGAUCUGGAAGAAUUACAUAUGUAUACACAUUAUAUUAUAACAGAUCAAAUUUGUACAAGAAAAAUAGAUUGUCAGUUUGUUUUAUUUUAUGUUGCAAUAGCUACAUCUCGUUUGUGCUUUUCGGCAACUAAUAUAAUAUUCUAUGGAUAGACUUAUGUAGAAUACCAUAUCAUUGAUAUUAAAUUGUACCACAAAAA